GCAGCGCUCAUGAAUACUGAAACGUGCACCGGGCGUCAGCUGGUUGCGCCUGCGCCCUCCGCCUCUCGCCCGCCGUCUGCUCUCUGGUCGUCGUUUGCCGACGGCUCCCGGGGACCUGCCGUAGCCUCCCGCUGGGCGCUGUGGCCGUUGGCUACCGUUGACAACCCGCCCGCCGGCUCGCGGGGAGUAUGCCCGGCCGCGCCGCGCACCAGGAGGCGGCGGCGGCGGCGGCGGCGGCGGCGGCGGCAGGAGGAGCAGAGCCCACUGCAGCCGGGGGGAGCGCGGGGGCCGCCGCGCAGCAGGAGCAGCGGGGCCUGGCGGGCGCCUUCCCGCUAGUGCUGAAGAAGCUGAUGGAGAACCCGCCGCGGGAGGCGCGCCUGGAUAAAGAGAAGGAGAAGAUAAAGCUUGAGGAAGAUGAGGCAGCAGCUGCCAGCACUAUGGCAGUCUCGGCUUCCCUUAUGCCACCCAUCUGGGACAAAACUAUUCCUUAUGAUGGCGAAUCUUUCCACCUGGAGUACAUGGAUCUGGAUGAGUUCCUGCUGGAGAAUGGAAUUCCUUCCAGCCCUACUCACCUGGAUUUGAACCAGAAUCCACUCUUGCCUGUGGCUGAGCUGGAAGGAAAGGAGUCUGCCAGUGCUUCCACUGGUUCUCCUGCAUCAUCCUCUUCCACUGCAGUUUACCAGCAAUCUGAAGCAGCCUCCAGCACAGAGUCCCCACCACAAAAUGAGAGAAAUACUCCCAGCCCCAUCGAUCCUGACUGCGUAGAGGUUGAGGUGAAUUUUAACCCUGACCCUGCUGAUUUAGUGCUGUCCAGCGUGCCUGGUGGUGAGCUCUUCAACCCUCGCAAGCACAAGUUUACUGAAGAGGACCUGAAACCACAACCAAUGAUUAAAAAAGCCAAGAAGGUUUUUGUCCCAGAUGAGCAAAAGGAUGAGAAGUACUGGACGAGGCGGAAGAAGAACAACGUGGCGGCCAAGCGCUCGCGCGACGCCCGGCGCCUGAAGGAGAACCAGAUCACCAUCCGGGCAGCCUUCCUGGAGAAGGAGAACACCGCCCUGAGGACCGAGGUGGCGGAGCUGCGCAAGGAAGUGGGACGGUGCAAGAACAUUGUUUCUAAAUACGAGACCAGAUACGGACCCUUUGACUUAUCUGAUUCCGAGUGAUGCAACCUUAAAGACUUUAAAAAACACAAAGAAACUAACAAAGCACACACGAAUCGGCAGUCUUCAGAGUGAGCAGUGAAAUCUGUGAGGUGUCCCAACACAAACAACUGACGAUGACCCUGCCUGCCUGCUUGUCUGCAAGUACCCCAUCUGAACUACCCAGGGCUGGGCAUGAUGAAAAGUGCAAAGUCUCCUUUAACUCUGUAUAUGGCUUUUCUUAUCUGUCUUUCUCACUGUAACUAUGAACUGCAGUAAGCUUUCCCUACUGGGGUUUUGUCAAGACGCUCGAAGUUCAUGUCUCAGAGUCUGCUGACAGCCUGUGUGAAUAGUGACUCUUUGUUUUGACGCUCAAGUGGAAGAAGAUAGGGAGUUUGAAAUCCAAGUGUCUGUGUAUAUUAAGAACUGCUACAUUUGACAACUGUUUUCCCUGCAGUAGAGUGGACUUGACUUACUACUGCAGCUCACUUCUGGUACAGUGUAGCAUCUUGUGCGUGCAGAAUUAAAAGAUUUUGGGAAAACAGCAGUCUGUCAUGUGUGAGACUUCCAGUGCAGAAAAGUACAGCAGAUGUAUGGGCACAAUCCAAGCAGCACUGCAAAGAGCAGUCGUGAACUUCUAUCGAAUGACCCAGCUCAUAGUAAGAACACUUUGGUUGCUUUCCUGCUGCUCAGCUACGCUGCUGUAACCUGACUUUUUCUUUCCUUUAUGAGACUCUCUUUCGUUUAUGGGAUCUUGCUCUGAACCAACGUGUAACUUCUGUUAAUGAUUUAGCAAUCAUGGAAACGGUGCUAGUCUGAGCUGCUGGUCUCCGUGUCUUUUGGCAGUCUGAAACUACCAAAGGAGCAUUAGCUCCAGCAACAGGGUGGCUGUUAGUUGCCAUAUCCCAGUUUCCUGUCUCUUGAAUAACCGUGGCUGUGAAAGAGUGCUUUGUUCAUCUGUCUUACAGAACCAAAAGAGCCAGCCAUGGCCCACCGUUAAAACAGGCAGCUUAAGUAUCAACUUAAGUGCUGGGGUGGACCAGCAGAUGAAAGCUUGGGUAGGGAUGUGUAGAAGAUGGAGGAGUUAGGUGGAAGUUCCUUUUUUUCAGAGUUUCAUAGCAUAACAAAUUUAGCUCUUAAGUUUCCUUAUUAUCAAAGAGUAAAUUUUUUAGGGGAAAGAAAUAAGAGUACUUAAUUUUUGGGGAACCUAGUACAGGGCUUGUAGCCAAAUUGGAGUUAGUAAGACAGGAGUCUCUCUUGUGCCUGGAGACUGAUAAACUUCAAGAAAAAUAAUCAUGAAAGCACAAGUGCCAGAUUUUUCAGUGGCACAACUGCUUACCAGCAAAGCUAAACACUAUCUUGUUGAACAAGUAUUUUGGCUUUGCAUUUAACUCAAGAGUUUCCACCCCUGUUGCAGAGCAGAAAGACCAAAAAAAAAACCCCACAACCCCCCCCAAAAAAAGGUGCAAAGAAGCAGCCAAUGUUGUAAACUUCAUUAACAAUAAUAAAAGUCUCAAAGGUGCAAAGAAGCAGCUGAUGCUGUAAACUCCAGUAACAGUAACAGAAGUCUCAAGCCCCAGAAUUCAUAACUAAUUUUUGAAGGCAUAAGCUUUGUAAGGAGCAUAUACAUUGAAUGCAAUCUUUGACCUAGUAUCUUUUUAAUGGACCAGGUUACAGAAGUCAAGAAAAAGGCUUUUAACUUUUUUAACUGGUUACUAAAAGUGUACUUAGUGUAUUAUUACACUUUGGGAUUCUAAAGCUCUGGGCUAAUCUUGGGGUAUUAUCUUGAAAUAGAUGAAUAGUUUAGCUUCUUGUUGCUGAAGCAUCAGCAUAUAUCUCUCUGUAUCAAGUAUUGGACUGAUUUGGACUGAUAUUGUUGGGAUGUACUGAAGGGUUGGGUUUUGUUUUUUUUUUGUUGGUUUAUUUUGGUGCUAAAAGACAAACUGUGGAUUAAAAAAAAAAACACGUGGGGGGGGACUAAAAAACAGACAAAACCAAACACAAAAAAUUCUUUACAGUGAGAGUGGUGAGACACUGGCACAGGUUGCCCAGGGAGCUUGUGGAUGCUCCCUUCCUGGAGGUGUUCAGGGUUAGGUUGGAUGAGGCCUUGAGUGAUCUGUUGUAGUGGGAGGUGUCCCUUGUCUAUGGUUGGGGGUUGGAACUGGAUGAGUUUUGAGGUCACUUCCAACCCAAACCAUUCUGUAAUUCACAGAGGGGAAAAAAACCCCAACCAAAAGAACCCCCAAAACAACAAAGCCACUACAAAACACCCCAAAAUAAAGAACCACCAACCCUGAAAGCAUAUAAAUGUAGCAACUCUUUUUGCAUUGAUGCUUUCUACUUCUUCAGUUAUCUUUGAAUGGUUGUGCUGAAAGUCAACGCCUCCUGUUGACGUCGCCAAGCUUGGGGGUCAUGUAACUGUGCAACUUCAGUCGCUUGUUUUUUUCCCCUGUGGUAUUAAAACCUUUCACAAUGGAAAUUUAACAGUGAAUGUCCAUUAGGACCUUUCUUUCAGAGCAGACUGUUAGCAAACUCUUGUGCUUCCCUGUAGGACGGUGCAGAUUUGCACGCUCUGUGAUUCGCGCAUCUACGGGUAGCGAAACUGGAAAAUUGCACUUUAAGGGUGAGUGAGGCUUCACUUUUGUAGUUGCAGAGCUCUUGUUUUUUUUCUUUCUCUUUCAUUAAGGAGCAACAUCUUUAAAGAUAGAUGAGAAGGUAGUGACCAUUUCCAGAAGCGCAGGCAUUGCCAGACAAAGCCAUGUGCAAUGCUGACUUCCUUUCUUGGUUUUUGCAGUCUCGGGUAGUUAAGCUUACUGCUUCAGAGCUCUCUGCUCCUCUCAGAACAACUAACUAGAUACUCUUUCUUUGACUAGGGUGACAAUCCUGUCUGUAAAUGGUAGCUUGGGUCCCUUUUCAUAGUGGGCAUGAGAAGAUCAAUAUUCUCUUAGCUCAAUUUGCAUAUUAAAAGAUGCUGAAUUGGCUCUGAAGUUCUCUAGCUUUGGAACAUGCUCUGUAGAGGCCAUAAGUGUGCCUGAUGCCAGUGUACCCUGUUCCAGCCAUAAAGGGACCAUCUCCAAGGAGAGAAUAUAAAGGGAGUGCACCUUUCAACGUCACUGCAGGGAGCAGGUUUUGAUGCAGCUAUACAUUCAUCAGGAGAGUGAACUGACACCAAAUGGACAUUUUACAGUGCUAACCUAUAAGCUGUUCAUGAGAUUGAUGGGCAGUGAAUGUCAUCUUAUUCUACAGAGGAGACAGACUAUAAAUAAAUGAUGUGCAACAUUUAAUACAGUAUUGCUUUCAUACUGUGGUCUUCUAAUCCACACAUAGUUAUAUCUCCUUAAAAUAAUGAGAGGCUGUGUUAAAAAGUUCCCUAGAAGCUUAAUUUUUUCACCUGUUGCUAAGAUCUGCUCCCACUGAAGCUAGUAACAAAGAUCUCAUUAACUCCCCCAGGAAAAAGUCUGUACUCUCACAUAGUUAUGAUAAAGUUUUAGCAAGCAGUGGUGCUCUGGGUGUCUUUGCUUUUUACUCUGGAGUGUGCUGUGCUGGGGUCAGAGUGGCUGAACCUCAGACUGCAGGUAUAAUGUUGGUAAAUAGGUCCUAGCACUUGUUCAUUUACAGUUAGUGAUAGUUUUGGGUGCUCAGAUUAUCCAAAUUCUGCCUUUUGGUUUGUUUCUUUGUUUUCCUUACCCUGCAUGAACCAGAUGAAAAGGUGGUGUAUUCCAAACUUGUGCUGGGAGAAGGAAUCUUGGGUUUUUUAUUACAUAUUAAAUACAUCUUUUUGUAGUUCUAGUCACAAUUUAUGUCUUUCCUGACAAUUCUCCAUCUCCCUGCUGGGCUGUUUGAAAGCCCAAGUUGUUCUAGCUGUAGAAAUCAAUUUCAGCAUUAUCUGCAGGAGUGCUACUAAUUGUACCAAAUUAAUUUUGAGUUGAGAGGUGGAAGUGGAAGGCCAGCAGCUUUGGGAAUACUGUAAUAAAACCACUUGUGUGGAAAAAUAAUUGUGUGUAGGCAGCAGAAACAACAGACUUGCACAGAAGAGAGAGAGUAUUGCUGCUUCAGCCUUGUAACCCUCCUCAGAGUAACAGGACUUAGUUCCUAGUGAUCAGAUGCCUGCCUUUUUGGUGAGAGUGGAGGUAUUUUGGACCUCCUGAGCUGAAGAUCCAGACAGGCUUUUGUUCACCUUUCUGGUUUUGGCUGCUGAGCAUGUAACAAGAAAUGCAAAGUUAUCCUAAUGCACAACUCUGAUAUUUUUGGUGACCUAAGCCUAAAUCCAUGAAGAGCCAAAUAAUUUGUUAAUGCUAGUGUGCUACUGCUUUGACUUUGCAGCACUGCAAGGCACUGACUGGCUUCCUAGAUGUCCAGAUAAUCUGGGUAUUUGCCACUAUAACACAGCAAAGAUAGAUAAGCUCCCAGUUAAAAGAGUGGGAGGAAAAAAGGCAGCAGCAAGAACAGGCUUAGCUGAACUUCUGUGGCCAUGCCAGCAUAAUGCUCAUGGAGAAAUGACAGGGUCCUAAUUCAAUCAGAUUUGUUAUACAAAGUGUGAUUUGUUACUUGGGUGGUGUCCUUAGCUGCUGGUGAGUUGCUUUUGGAAGACAAAUUUCUUCAAGUUCCAGCAGCUACCCGGGGCAAGGAACCCUUCGAGGGCCAUGCAUAGACAUGGAUAUGUGGCCAAGGGGAGUAAAGAACUGGGAAGAGUAAUGCAAGAGUUUCUGAUCUCAGCAGCAGUUGCUGAAACUGAAGCCUUACUGUUUACAAUUUGAAGCUAAUUUGGAUCCUCUCUGUUUAGCAUUGCAGAGAAGAUAUUGCACUUGCUUAGGUUUUGGGAAUCUCUUUUUUCUUGAUGUUGUUUCCACAGUCCAGACAAAGUGAAAGGACUCUAGAGGUGGGGAGGAGAGUUUGCUGCAGGAGGAAAUAGCUGUUGCUUUAACGACCUGUGCUGUUGCACUGGGACUUAACCUGCCGACGUGAACUGAUAGUGCUGUGUCAUCAGGAAAUUACUAUCUGAGGCCCCAGUAUUUUAAGGCCUCAAUUCUGCUGUCAUUUCUGCAUGGGAUGAGCCCCGUGUCUGCAGAGAACCAUGUGGAUUUCACAGGAUCUGUUUGUGGAUGUGAAAGCUCUGCCCAGGCAGUCAGCUUUAGAAUUGUGUCCUUAACACACACACACACACACUCUGUUGUAGUGAUAAGACUGUUGAUAUUAAGUGUAAUUUGGGUGCCUGUUAUAUAGCCAAACCCCUUGUUACUACAUUUUCUCAACUAAGGCAUGAGCAGAAGCCCUUUGCUGUACAGCAUCUGUGGAAAAAAAAAAAAAGAAAAAGAAAAAGGCAAAAAAAAGGCAAAAAAAGAAGAAAAAUUAAAAAAGCUUAAAAAAAUUGAAAUAGUUGACAUAUGUCUAGUAACUUAAGGCAUGUGAUUUUGGUCUGUGGGUCUCACCAAACUUUGCUUGUGUACCUGCCUGAAUGUUUUCUUAGAUCUGCAGCUAUGUCUCAGUGAGAAGGAGGAUUUUGUUCUCCUGAAGGGGCACAGCAGCAGCUCUCAUCUGCCAGGCCUGUGGGUGACUGCUUGCUGCUGGCCAGGGUCACGGGUUGGAUGCAUCCUCUGCACUUUGAUGUGAAGUUGUCUGAAAUAUGGUGAUUAACAUGAUUAUUGGAAUACUGUAUUUUGUAUAACUUAGAACAUGUAAAUACACUUUUAAAACUAACCUGUUCUACCAAGUAAUAAAUAAGUGCUUCCAUUGUAAUAUCUGAAUAUUGUUAAUGCUUCAUGUAGCUUGAUUUGGGGUUAUAUAUAUAUAUUUUUUUUUUCCUAGAGAACUACAAAAAUCAAAACCAAGAUUGAUGUUGUGGAAUCCUAGUCUAGUUGUGAUGCUUUCUAUCAACAACAACAAAGUUGUAAAAGUAAUAGUAAUGAGCCACUUAAGCAGAGAAACAGAGAAUUUGAAGGAACUGAUUCUCUUCCAGUCUUUCUUUAACAGUAGUCACUGAUUGCAUUCAUCGUUGUGCACACCUCAUUAGCUGGACAGCUGAUUUGGUUUUUUUGGUGAGUAGCAUUUGGAGAGUGGCAAUACUAAAUUACUCCUAAAGCUUAGUGACAGAGGAAAAUGGAAGUUGUUUUGUUGGUCGUUGGGGUUUUUCUUUUUAACUGUUCUCUCUCCUGGCUCAAACAGAUCUGUCUCCAGAUGGAUUGCAGCAAGUUGCAGUGAAACAGUGAGUGACUGUUGCUGGAGCUCAUUUGUAACCUAGGCAGUCUACAUCUUUAUUAGCUCUGUGAUGUACAUAGAUGACACAGCUAUCCUGGUGUGCUGUAGAGAGAGAGACAAAGUGAUUAAUGACUUGAGGUUUUGCUGAGUAGGUGUUGAGUGGAUGCUGCACAGCUGGAGCUUUCAUCAGCUUCCAUGACCUUUUCUAUUAAAACCCUACAAACCAAAACAGUGGAGUGAGACUGGCAAGCAGACUGCUAGGAAAUACGAACAUUUGAGUUUUGAGGAGGAGGUGAAAUUGAUCUCCAUUAGCCUUCAUCUAAAGGAAUUAGCCUGUGGUGACACUUUCUCAGCCGUAAGAUAACUUCUUUGUCUUUCAUGCUGUACUGGAGCAGUUCCCUCUCUGCUAACAGCUGUGUCUGCAGUGUUCCAUACAUGACAAAGCCACAGCAUCUUUUGCACUGGGCAGAGAUUGUGGCAUCUCUUUUUUUUUCUUUUUCUUCCCCUCCCCCCAUCCCCUUUCAGUGUCUCUGGGCUGAAAAACAGCUAUGAAACAGCUAAGCCUACGUGCAAGUCACUCAGCAAACUUUAUUCCUGUAAAGCUUUUUCAGAGACACACAGUUUUUAGUUUGAGGGGACUCCUAACUGCUAUAUUUGGCCUGAAAUUCUGUUGCCUCUUGGAUAAAAGGUCUUUGGGGUUGGGGUUUUUUUUUGGCUUCAGACGUGACACUGAUCUUUCCCAUUCAUUCACUGGGAUGGAUGGUAAAUCUGCCCAGUAUUUAUAUAAGAUAUAAAUCUGAUCUUAGUUUCACUGCACGUUGUUUAAUCUCUUGGAUGUCUGUUCCUUGAGGUUGUCUGUACACUGCCUGUAAAUGUAGCUGCUUUUUGAAGCAGGCCAUCAAGUGCUAUUUGAGAACAUCCUGGCUAGAAGUUUCUAGAGAAAAUGAAAGAGAUCAUCAAGUUUGUGAAGUGGCUGGGUUAAAAAGCAUUGCCAUAAAUGGUUUUAAUUUAUAUAUGAUUUUUUUUUUCUUUUGCUUUUUGGGUCCCAAACUGCUUAUUUUGUACAUAAACCUACACACGCUCCUGGCAGCUGAUGGGUGAAAAUAAAGGUGCUUUAAACAGCAAUCUAACGAGGAAAGGGCAUUUCACUGUUGCAGAGUUGGUAUUAUUUUGUAUUUCCAUUUAUUACACUUUUUAAACUGUAUAAACCACAGAUUUGAAUUCUCAGUCUUCAGCUUGGAUUUUGUGAGUAGUUUAAAUCCUCUCACCUCUCUCUGCUCGUUAACUGGUUUUUAAGAAAACAAGAGAAGCUUUUGUUUAAAAUGUACAAUUUUGACUGUAUUGAAUUCUGUUAGUACCCUUCCUUUUUAAGAAAUAAAAUGUAUAUUCCACUA